CCAAGAAGCUUUUCAAAGCAAUUCCUUUCUUACAAUGUCUUAUGGCAAACACACGGUAAAUGACAGACCAGGCCCCGAUGAACUCGGUCUGAGAUCCUGACCCUGGCCACGCAAUGCAGGGUUCUGGUCACACACAGCCGCUUGCAGGGUAACAGCCCAACUUACGACAAGACACACCAGAGAAAGUCAAAAGCAAUCGAGCAGGCGUAGUAAACAAUGUGAGGGAAUGAGGUGAUGGAACAGCAGAUAAGGUGACCGAAGGAUGCAUAGCCGAUGAAUGUGCACUGUAGAUGGGUCUGAGUCUUACAAGAUCAAAUACAUUUUGAGAUGCAAACAAAUGCACAAAAUACUCUGUGCGAUCCCCACAGUCCAUUAAUGAGCCAUUAGCAGUUGUCACCACCAGUGGCUUCGUGACACACAAGUAGGCCUUGAGGAGAAGGAGGCCUGGGGUGGCAGUUCUGAGGGCUAGUUGGGACAGGAACUCUCUGCACCGGGGAAGCAUGGGAGAAGUGGACAGACAGGCCGACAAGGUCGGCAUCGUCGGCAGAGUGGAAGCAGUAGGCUCAGACAAAAAGAAGCGCAGGCUGGACUCACACCUUGCUAAAUUCCGGCACCAGCCACAAGCCUUGGGGGAGCUGAAGGGAAUGAAACUGCUGGCUGCCUGCUUCAUGUACCUGCUGCUCAUCUGUCUGGCCCUGCCCAAAGCCGAAUGCCGACUCCACGAGCGAUCCAUGGAAAUCAGGAACCCUGAUAUCGACCCUUCCUGGUACACGGGGCGUGGGAUCAGACCCGUGGGACGGUUUGGCCGGAGGAGAGCUGUCGUGAGAGCCCCGAAGUCGGGCUAUGGACACAGGCAAGCUUGCUUCCCUCUAGAAGAAAGUAGUGAAUCCCUUCAAGAUGAAUGAAAUGGCCAAGACAAAGAAUGAAUUUGAAUGAUGAUAAGAAAAGACCCUUCUCCUCUCUCCCUUCCACAUCCCAGCCUCUCUUCUAGGCACAUGAAAAUGUUUGGUCUCAUUUCAAUGUACAGUAUCUUUGUGGCUAUAAAUGAUAGAAACCAAAGAGCAGUUGAUAACUCCAGUAUUUUUGCAGACAAUUUCCCUCUUGUCUGUUUUUUCUUUUUCUCUCCCCUGUUCCCCAUUUGUCCCCAUCUCUGGCUUUUGCUCUCAAAUCUAAUGUGAUUUGUGCCAGAAAAUUGCUGGGGGAAAGAAAUACAAAUUCCCAUGUUAAUUAUCUUCCUAGAACAUGGGCUCUUUUAU